AUGCAGUACAGGAAGCUAGCAACUGAUACAAUUUGUCCCAGGUGUGGUGGAAGAGCUGAAACAAUGGACCACUUAUUUCGAGAAUGCCCUGUUACAGUGGAAGCACGGACAGCAUUGUCAUUACAGUAUAUUGUAAGGAUACAAAACAUGAACUUUGUACAGUGGCUUACCUGGGUGUUUAAUCAGCUAACCCCUUGUCAAUGCUGCCUCUUCUGCUGCGUACUCUGGGCCAUAUGGGGAGACCGAAAUAAACGAAUACAUGAGAAAACAGUUAGUACUAGGAAGGACAUUACAAAGUUCAUCAAUAGUUACAUAAAUGAACUUAAUGGUAUCGAAAAAAGAGAGUUAGAAAAAACAACAGAACCCAGUAGAUGGAGACACCCAACUGGCGAGUUCAUAAAGAUUAACUUCGACGGUGCUUACAAUGAAAGUCAAAAUUGUUCGGCUUUAGGUAUCGUGGCUCGAGAUGCGGAUGGGAUAGUUCUUCUAUCCUACUCCGAAAUCCACCAAGGUAUUGCCUCUGCAUUUGCUGCUGAAGCCAUAGCCUGUUGGAAAACGGUACAACUUGGAAUCACAAAGGGAUGGCAGUCAAUCAUAGUCGAAGGAGACUCAUUCGCAAUAAUAAAUAAAUGCAACACAGAAGGUCAAGACUGGUCAUUGAUGGGAGCAUAUAUAUAUAAUAUCAAACAGCAAAUAAAUGAACCCAUUAAUAUCACUUUCAAGCACAUAUUGAGAUCUGCUGAUACUAUUGCACACAUUUUGGCAACAGUAACUCUAAGAAGAAAGGAAGAAAUAUACCUGGAAAGGGCAGUCUCUGAGUACGCUAAAGAACAAUUGAGACAUGAAUGGGAGCAUGAACCAGAUUAG